UUAGAAAGCGACUGCUGUGUGAACGGUCAAGUCGCAUUAAAUCCGUCUUUUACGUCACUGACACAAGACAGACGCCAAUUAUCAGCGCCGGAGAAGACGAACCAAAAAAGCAUGGCGGCGGAAACUGGAGACGGAGCGAGUCAGUGGACCGAAACUGAGGUUGCGGAAUUGAUUAGCAUAUGGGGAGACAAUUCUAUCCAAGCUAAACUUGAAGGGUCGUAUCGUAACCGGGCUGUGUUCGAGUGCAUUGCCAAAGAAAUGAUUGAACGAGGGCACAGGCGAACAUGGCUACAGUGUCAGAGGAAAAUCAAGAGCCUCAGAGCCAAGUUUAAAGAAGCUAAAGAUAUAAACAAACGAAGCGGACGUGGUCGAGUCACCUGCCCGUUUUAUGAUGAGCUUGACCGUAUUUUGGGGGACAAACCCAGCUGUCAGCCAAUAGAGCUGAUCGAUAGCUCCAUUGAAACAGCUGAAGAGGAGCCUGAAAGUCCAGGGGCUAGCACUAGUCCAGGGGUUAGCGCUAGUCCAGGGGCUAGUGCCAGUCCAGCUCCCAGCCUCAACAGUGAAAAAGGCGCCUGUACACUGGGUGAGGAUACUCCUGUGUCACUGACAUUUGAUUCUGCAUCAGACGAAAGUUCUUCAUCUGCAGUGAGUGCAGAUAAUUCCAUAAAGAAGAAUGCACAAACCCGAAAUACAUCUGCCAAGAGCAGGAAGAGAAAGUCAAAGAUGGAGUCAACUUUGGAAAUAUUUGCAGACAAGAUUACAAGUGCCUUGAAGAAUGAUGAGUCGGAGCUUCUGUUGAAGAUGCAAGCAGCUCAGCAUGAGCACGAUCUUAAAGUGCUCUCCAUGUUGACCCAGCUCAUCACACGCCAACAACCACCUUUCUACCAGCAGGCAGUACAGGCUCCACAUCUUUACUGCCCAACACAGUCUUCACUCAUCCAUUCCACUCCAUACCCCAUGGCUUCAACUCAGUCUCCACCAUUUGAGAUGUCCAAUCAGUCUCUGUCUUUCCAACAAGAUUUAGCUCAACCUCUUCCUUUUGGUAAUGCCCUUCCACCAUCUCACAAUCUGGGUCAGCCCUUUAGACCAGAACGACCAAACCCUCGAGACCAAGCUCAGCAUGCAUCCUUUAACCAGGCCUUUACAUCAUCCUACCCUCCUCCAGAUGAACAGGAUUAAACUACUUUAAGGCAUUAGUUUAAAUGUUAUAAAAAGCAAGUUUUGCACAUGGUUCACUUAAUGUAUUUUAAAUGGAUACUCCAAAAAUAUUUCAGUUAAUGCUAUGUUAAUAUUGUUUUGGAGGGGCUUUACUUUCAAUGCAAAAUGUUGGUUAUUUAUCGUUGCAUCCAAAAAUGCUUUAUAUUUGUUGUUAGAGAUUUUCAAGACUGCUGAAGGACAGUGGGUCUUUCAGAUUUAAUUUGUGCUUUUCAUAUGCAAACGUAUAUGUUUUCAGACAAACAACAUUGCAAUUUCAGUACACAGAGGAAGAAGUGUACAUGUUACACAUGUCAAAAUAAAUAUUUUCCAUAAAAAAAUAACUUUGAAUGCUUUACUUUAAAUUUUGUGAAUGCAUCACUUAAACAUCAAGCUCAAAUUUAUUGACAAUGAGAUGAAACCAUGGCUUUUGUGCCUUAACGUUGACUAUGAAAAAAUUGGGUCAGCACCUCUCUGAUUCUUAUUGGCUGAACAUCUGGUAAGAUGCCUCCUUCGGUACCUCUAGAAUCACGCAAAUCAGCGUUAUCAGUUUCAUUGUAGGCUUCACCAUGUUUUUCACACACAUUGUGGAGUGCAGCAUGCAGCUAUUAUUGUGGGAACAGUGUGGAUGUCCACAUCAAGACGUUUCCCAAGGCACCUCCACCGACCCUUAAGUCGGCCAAAUGCACACUCCACUGUCAUCCUGGCUCUACUGUGUCUCUGGUUGAAGUAUUGUUGUUCUUCAGUUAGGGUUCCUGUAUCUGCGUAUC